CUUAACAUCUAGAGUUACAAACACCUACAGAGUAUUACUGCCAAAAUAUUCAUAUUGGUUUGAAAUUUUCUUACAGGUUGAUGCUAAUGUUUUUUUCGUAGACUAUGGCAAGGUUAGUGUUAACUUGAACUAUGCACAAGCUGUAUCGGACUUAAGAGUUGCAGCGAGAUAUGUGAUCAAAAUGGUGGAAACUAUAAUCACAGCAGGGACCAACCCAUCCAACAUCCAUUGCAUCGGACUAAGUUUAGGGGCACAUGUAUGUGCUUACGUAGCAAAGGGAAUACCUGGUAUUGGUAGAAUAACAGGUCUGGAUCCUGCAGGGCCACUCUUUACAGGCCAGGCUUCAGAGGUGCGUUUAGUUUCCGGAGAUGCAAAUUUUACGGAUGUGAUCCACACAAACGGAAAUCCUCUGUGGGGACUUGGAACAUCCGAUGAAGACGGUGAUGUGAAUUUUUGGGUAAAUGGAGGUUGGGAUCAGCCGAAUUGUGGACUGUUAAUAAAUCCGUUGUUUUUCCUGCACUUAAGAGAAGUCAAAGGAAUUGAAGAUGUACUGGAUAUGUUAUUUUGUUCCCAUGGUCGUUCUAUGUUUUAUUACACUGAGGCAUUAGCAAGUAACUGUACGUUUUGGGGUGUGAGGCCAAAUAAAUUCAACAUAUGGAUAAGUCGAGCGACGCUGGGAGCUGUGACCAAAAGCUCAAACAACUGUACCAUCGAAAACUGUGUACCAAUGGGGAUAGACACGAUAAAUGCUGCAGGCAGAGGGAACUUCAUCGUGGCAACAAAUUACAAACAGCCUUAUUGUGUGUCGCAGCCAUGAACAAACUGGACAGUUAUAAACUUCAACAAUAUCGAGAACUCGAUAUACGAUUCCUAAUACGCAACGAGACCUUAGGAACAGAGAAUGGUUCAACAUUAUGCCUGUAUAACAGCACAUUUUAGCAAAUACACAUAUCUUGAAAAACCGCUCAGCUAUUAAUUCAGAUAAUUGAAUCAUUCGGCCGGGAAGUAUUUUGGAAACGUGUCGGUUGGUAUGCAAUGUGUUAGGAACACAGACUGCGUGGAUUUAAUCGCAGGGACAAAUCACACAGCUGAUGCAAUGGGUUUACCAGGAACAGGUUUCCUCAAGCGUAAGCUCAAGCGUUAGGGAGUGAAAGGUUUCGAAUUUGGCUGCCCGAACGUUUAAGAUUCGUAAAAAGAAGAAUUCUUACAAAGUUAAUCACACUAACAGAUAACACAUUACCUAGCAUAAAUUACUUUUUCCUUGAAUUUCAUUAAAUACAGACAAAUACAAUUACUGAAAAUGUUUUCAACAGAUAUAGGUCAAAAUUAAAUCAUACGAACCAAUGGUUUUGUACAAUGUUAUGCAAUUUUAUUUUAGCUUCAUAUAACCCAUGAUUUAUAACUGGCCGAAAAAAAUCAACAUUAAAUCUCUAGACAAAUGUCUAUGUUUAUUCCAAAGCAAAAUUUGAUCAGAAUCCAUUCCUUACAUUCAAUAAUUUCUGGUAAGAUCUACUGUUGGAUAAUGCAAAUCAUUGCGCCUAGUAAGUAACAAAUGUUUCCCCGCAAUACAGCACUGUCAGAGAAGUUGCGAUAGUUCACGGAGCUACCAAGCUCAGAGGCAAUGAUACGAUGUUAUUAACCGACCUCUUGUAGAGGCUACGAUCUUAUUUCUGCCUUAGGAGGAGAAUAAGACUAUGGAAAUGAAAAUAGGUAGAAAAUGAUCGCUUCCUAAACAUUUCGCUAUUCAUAAUUACACUGCACCUUGCAGUUAAAAAAUUGUCGUUAAGUGAUUUAAGUAUCAACUAAACUUAUUGUAGGUACUGGAAGGUUUAGCAAAGUGCGCAUAUAAAACAUAUAAGACAAUGGUCUUGGUGUUGCAAUUUCCUACAGUAAGGACGAAAAUACGAAAAAUAAAAAUAUUAAUAUCUAAUUAUCAUUCAAUCAGAAAACAACUAUUUUAUGUUUCGGGCUUGAAGAGUUAAUACAUUUUAAUGACAUUUAGAUUUGUGGUCCUUGUUACCUCAAUAUUUUUAAGAUAAGUGAUGGAGGCAGUAAGGGUCUCUGAAGUUAUGUUAUUAAUAGACAUAUUUCUACCCGAAAUAAUACAACUGAAACAAUUGUAUUUGGGCAUUUCUUUCAUAUUUUACUCACAAAUAAAAAUCUGGUGAAAGGUUA